CUUCUUUCUUUUACUUAUAAAUUACUUUUAUUUUUAAAUUCAUAAUCAAGUAAACAAUGUCUACUCUUUACGGUCUCGACAGAGAAAUCCAAAAAAAGCUCGAUUCAAAGUACUCCGUGGAGCGAGAACAAGAAGCACGCGAAUGGAUCGAAGAGACUAUCGGUGAACAAUUACCGAGCGAUGAUUUUCAUGAGAGUUUGAAAGAUGGCGUAAUACUAUGCAAAGUCAUCGAGAAGCUUGUACCAGGAAAAGGAAAAUAUAGAAAGUCUGCAAUGCCGUUUGUUCAAAUGGAAAACAUUUCCAAGUUUUUGUCUGGAGCUGAGGCACUUGGUGUUCCUAAACAUGAUCUAUUUCAAACAGUAGAUCUAUUUGAGAAAAAGAACAUGACGCAGGUGGUUGAUGCUGUUUUCGCUGUAUCGCGUUAUGGUUACAGGGCAGGAACUGCGUCCAGACUCUUAGGUCCAAAACUGGCAGAUAAGCAGCAAAUGAACUUUAGCCCUGAACAGCUUAGAGCUGGCGACGGCAUGUUCAACACUUUCCAAUAUGGAAACCACAAGGUCCCAAAUCAACCUAGAUUGUCAUUUGGAUCGCGUAGAGAGAUAGGUGGACGUGAUCCCCACCCAGAGCUUAAAUAAAUGGCAUUUAAUCCUAAGCAAAUAAUAAUAAUAACAUAAAAUGUAGCAAUAUAUACGUGAAAUACAAU